CUCUCUGCACACAAUAUAAAAAUGUUCAUACAGAUUUAAAGCCAUUUGAAAAAUGGGAUUAAAUUAAUAAUAUGUUUAGAAUGAUGUCUUAGUCUUCUACUGACCAAAAGUCAAAACACAGUGAUAUUUAUUCGAUCGUGCAGCAAAAAUAUAAAAAUAAAUAAAAUAAAAGAUUUUUACAUUGCUUCAGAUAAGCUUGCAUAAGUGGGUUCAUUUAAACAACGGCUGCUUAAAGCUAAUUUAUUAACAAUAGUCCCUCCCAAUUACUAAAAGUCAUUUCACACAAACACACAGCAAUCGAUGUGGAAAGUGGUGGAAAACCAGGACACAGUUGUGUCUGCCUGCAGGCGACCAUCAUGCUGGCUCCAGUUGGUGUUUACAGUUUCCAGUAACACCAGCAGCAACAGUAUCGCCUCCAGCAGGUGGCUGCAUUUAGGUCACAAUGAGACAGAACCAUAAACUGCUGAGUAAAACAUUUAUAUUUAUCUAUACAGCUGCAUGACUCCUUAUAUUUCUAUCAUUGAAAUAAAGUGUGAUUUUUUAUCGGUUUAUGUGAAGAUGUUCUUUUGUUCUGACCGAUUCUUCUGUAUUGUUCUACCAGAAACAGCAGAUGAGGUCAUUUUUGGUGUUUAAUGAAGCCAAAUCUGUAGUUUAUAAAGUAUUUUUUGUGUUAGAUUAUAACAAAUCUUCAUUGAGACGUAGCUUUUGAUCCUGUUGGGCCAAUCUAGUUACUACUGGGGUUUGGUCCUUUUAUGAGUUCAUCGUGAAAAUCACAUCUAUGAGGGAAGUCAAGGGAGUGGCGCAAGAAAUAAAAAGAAAAGAAUAGAUACAAGAAAAAGAAUAGAAGGAAGGAAAUGAGUGAGCAAGUGGGGGAAAGGAUGAAUAAGUGAACCAGUGACAUACAGAGAGUGAUAAGAGAGUAUGACCUAACAGAGGGGUGGAGGAGGGGUAGGAGUCAUAGAUCCAGCUUAGUCGUGGCAGCGAUCACUCUCCACAGUUUAGGAUCCAGACCUUUCCUGGUUCGUCUGCAGGAACAGAGCUUUCUGGACUCUCUCUGCUCUUUUUGAAAACUGGAUUAUUUCUGCAGACAGUAUGUGAAUCCCCUGCUGAUGAUCCUCCAACAGAACCACUUUGUUGGAAAACUCAAACGGAAACUGUUUCAGUCUUCUCUGAACUCAGAAAUGUUCAUCUAUUUUCUCCGCUGACCUUCUCUUAAUCCCAGUCAGGACCACAUGCUGGAUUCUGGACUCUCCUGCUCUCUCAGACAUUUAACCACGUAGAGAACAUUCUUAGAUAAUCUCUUGGAGCAUAGGAAGGUCUGGAUGCUGUGCUGGUUUUUGGUGUGAUCAGCAUGGUGACCGGGCAGAGACCUGUAGUUGUGUCUGGACGGUCUUUUAGCUCGGAAUACCCAGGAAACAGAACACAGAGCCGUGAGAUGGGAAAACAAGUGGAGGAGCCCAGCACCAAGCGCAGUAAGCCCAUCUCCAAGGUGACGUCUCUGGUCAACCUGCUGCCGCCCGUCAAGAGCACACCUCUGAAGAGGAUAGGUCAGACACUCCAGCGCUCCAUUACUUUUCGUAAUGAGAAUCGCACAGAGAGAGCCAUGCCUCCCCCUCCGCCUCCUCGUCCUCCAACCUCAUCCAUAAUGAAGGCACGUGUUAUGUCAGCGACGCUCCCCAACCCUUCCUCCAACAUGACUGCAUCACGCGUUUCCAUAGCAACAGGUCCCGCCUCAAAGCGACGUGACAGCAAGUUGUGGAGCGAGACGUUUGACGUCCGACUGGGAGCAACGCAGUCCCUGAGUCCAAAGGAGAUAAAAAGACAGGAGGCAAUUUUUGAGUUGACCCAGGGAGAACAAGACCUGGUUGAGGAUUUGAGGUUGGCCAAAAAGGCCUAUCACGACCCCAUGCUGAAGCUGUCCAUCAUGACCGAGCAGGAGCUGAACCAGAUCUUCGGUACUCUGGAGUCACUAAUACCGCUGCAUGAAGACCUGCUGAGUCAGCUCAGAGAUGCCAGAAAACCUGAUGGGUCCACAGAGCAUGUAGGACACAUCCUGGCUGACUGGCUGCCCUGCCUCUCCUCCUACACAUCAUACUGCAGUAAUCAGGUGAAAGCCAAGGCCUUGCUGGACCAGAAGAAGCAGGAUCGACGGGUCCAGGACUUCUUGCAGCGCUGCCUCCAGUCACCUUUCAGCAGGAAAUUAGACCUGUGGAACUUCUUGGACAUUCCUCGCAGCCGGCUGGUGAAAUAUCCGCUGCUGCUCAGAGAAAUCCUGAAACACACGCCCAACGACCAUCCAGAUCAGCAGCAUCUGGAGGAGGCGAUGCUGAUGGUUCAGAACGUUGUAGCGGACAUCAACAGGCAGACAGGAGAGUCGGAGUGUCAGUACUACAAGGACCGACUGCUGUACUCAGAGGAAGGACAGAGGGACGAGCUCAUCGAUCGGACCAGGACCCUCAGCUGUCAUGGAGAGCUGAAGAACAACAGAGGACUUAAACUCCAUGUGUUUCUGUUCCAGGACGUCCUGGUCAUCACUAGGUUAGUCUCACUCAACAACCAGCCAGUCAGUUACCAGCUCUGCCGCCAGCCCAUCCCCAUUCGUCAGCUGGACCUGGAGGACCUACCAGAUGGAGAGAUGAGGGUGGGGGGGUCGAUCAGAGGGGCCUUCAGCAACAAUGAGCGAACCAAGAACUUCUUUCGGGUGUCGUACCGUGCAGGAGGACAGCUGCAGACCCUCUGCUUCCAGGCCAGCGACACCUUCAACAAACAGCAGUGGAUCAACUGCAUCAGACAGGCCAAAGAAGCAGCAGAGCUGACAGGAGACCAGCAUGUGGAUGCAGGGCUCAGAGGACAGAUAGGGACAUGUUUUGAGACAAGUCUCAGUGCGUGCAAAGAUUCUGGCCUGGAGAUGGAGGCAGGUUUAAGUUUGGAGGAACAGGCAAGUCUGAAUGGAGGAGAAGAUUUUGGUUUGUUUAAGGAGGACAAAGAGACGGAAGAGGGUAAAACAGGCGCAGAGGUUGAAGAUGGUUUAUUUGGAGAUUCUGGAAAGCGUUUGGCAUUAGACAGAAUACUAGUGAUGGACAGUGAGACAAUGCCUACUGCAGUCUGGAAGAUGGACGAAGGGGGAGAGACUCUUAUCUCAGGUGAUGAUAAUUUCCCUUCUUCUGUCUCCUCAUCACCAUUUCCUACACAAGAAGAGGGGGCUUUUGUGGAGGAGGAGGAGCAGGAAGAGGAGGAGAAUGGUUCCAAAGAGGAAGAACAGGUCAGCAUGGACACCGGCGAGUGUGCGGAGCUGACCUAUAGGUGCUGAAAACCAGAACUGAAUGAUGACCCCUGUAACCAAAUAAUAAACAUUUGAAGUUCAUAAAACUAGUCACUAAAAAUGACUUUUUAAACCUUUUUGAAAAUGCUGCUGCUGGACAUCUGGCCUUGUGCAGUCAUGUUUUUGGAGCAAAAACUCCCUGAGAUGUCUAUAAAGGUGUGGGUGUUACGUCCAGUAACAGGCUUUUAUUCCAGUAAAAGCUGCUUCCUGAUUAUGAUCUGCUCACUGACUCAUGUAUUCACGUAAUGCUUUCCUUUGCAGCAUUUCUUUUAUUCCCAACAAUUAAAAAGAAAAAACAUUUUAGGAUGCAGCUUCUUGAUUUAUCAAGUUCCACGUUAUUAUGACUCAGAAACAUGUCUGAACACACUGGAAUAAAGUCACUGUAAACCUUAGACUUAAAGCACUAUAGGAAUCUGAAUGCAUUUUCUGUUUUGUAAUCAUUCUUGGUUCGUUGCCAUGCAGAACUGAAGCAAUUUGCAGUUUAUCUUCAUUUAUGUACAAGCUCUUAAAGAGCAAAUCACCCCCAAAUAAUUUUUUUCUGAUAAACUAUAUAAAUGUUUGUCUAAUCGUGCUGCAGACACGUGUAGUCAAUAAAUUUGCACUUCAGUGCUUUUUAUUUUAAUUUUCUGGCUAAAACUGUCAGUGUUGUGCUGUUGUCAGGUAAAAACUCUUCACUGCAUUUGAAUUAAAAUCUGCAUCGCUAUUGGCUAGGAGGUACCCUAGAACGUUAGCUGGUACCAUAUGAUGUCACAACGUCGUUGUGAGCCUGUGUGUGUGUAUUUGUUAGCAGCUCCGCCCUCUUGGUCUGCCAGGCAACAGCAUUUGUUGCAUUUUUCAAACAGGAAGUGGGAGUGGAGUAAAUACUCUGGUAAGGGGUGACUUGCUCUUUAAGGGAGAAAGCUGUUGUGUAUGUACUGUAUGUAAAAUUGUAUAUGAGGUAAAUGUUCAUAUGUAUUGUGUUUGUUUAACUCAAGACAGUCCUUUCAAUUACUGAAGAAACGACAGGAUUAAAGCCAGUUUUAAAAAUGUAAAAAAGAUUUUUGCACAUGUCAGAGACACUUACAGUUUUUCUCAGUCGCUUUGGUGCGUUUCUCAGAUCAGAAUUAAAAUUCUCACAACUAUUAGUUCAACCUCCACAACAUUUAGUCAUUUGUGCACAUCAUAGUAGCAAUUUCUCCUUUCUCUGAACAAACUGCAAAUGAUUUUGGACAUGUAUCAGUUGCUUUCAUACAUUUCUCUGCUGUUUUUUGACAUUUCCAUUUGCUUAUGUCAUGUCAGUCAAAAUGAAUUAUACUUAUGGAUGCUGAAUAGUCACUCUCAAUAAAACUAAUAGUCUUACUUUCAUUGCUUGAGUCAUUAAACACAAAAUUGUUGAACUAGUUAUCAAAUGUCAAAUAUCAGUCAUCUGUCAAGCAAAUUCUAUACCUUUCUUUAUCAUUUUUUCCUGGAAAUGUCUCCUGAAUUGAACAAUUGAUCACAGGUGAAUUUCAUCUGUCACUCAUGAGGAGGUGAAUCCUCGAUUGGCAAGCAUAAAUGAACUGAGCAGGAGCUAGUGUGUACCAUUUCUAUACUUCUGUAUAUUUCUCCACUCCAGGAGAUACUUUCCUCGCUGCAUUGUGAGGGACGACAUCCGUUGUGAUGUAGAUGAAAAUAUGUGGCCAGACAGACAGAAACGUCUGGAUGUGCCAGAAUGAUUUACUGUACCUGUAUGUUACAGUACUGUGCAAUACUGAAUGUACUGUUACAUGUACUGUAUAUUGUUCACAUUUGUGCACAGCUCUACCAAAAGGGUGAUUUUUUGUUUACAUGUAUUCUACAGUAAACAAGUGACUGUAGCAUAUUUUUCUUUUGCACAAUACUGUAGAAUUACAAACACUUCUAUACAGUAAAAAUGUAAAACGUACGUAUUCAGUGUCUCAGUUACUCCCAAAACUCCCAUAACAUCUACAGUAACUUUACUGCACAUUUCAAAUGGCUGUACAAGUAGGACAUAGUGCUGUCUUGAGCAUUAGCUGGUGUCACCAAAUAUUCUUGCAAUGGAAAACACUGAAAUUAUAAACUGUCACAGUGAAAACAUGACAAAGCCAUUUGACUAUCUUGUUCAUAAAGAUGGUGUCAAGACUUUUCAUUUUGAUGGCACUGACACUUUCAUUGACAUGAAUACUUGCUUUUGAGGAAUGGAUUAUCAAUUUUGAGCCUGUGACGUGCUUUUGCAGGCUAUCCACUAGGUUUUGCAGUUUGCACUAAUUGUUUUGAGAAAUGCACUAACUGCUGUGCAAAUGUUAAUAGUGUUCUGAGAAACGCACCAAAGCGACUGAGAAAAACUGUAAUUCUUCUUCAGAAUCACAUUUUACUUUGUUGUGUGUAAAAUAAAAUGAAGAUUGGCUCAAUUUUGCUGAAACCAAAGAACCAAUAAACUGUAAAACAAA